CCCAUCAUGGCGUCUCCCAGCGGCUGCCGGUCCCAGCCCGGCGGGCAGGGCGGCGGGGCCGGGGCCGGGGCCGGGGCUGGGGCGGGCCCGGCGGCUUUGCGGGGCGCCGAGGAGGACGCCGAAGGGCUGUACGUGGCGGUGGAGCGCUGCCCGCUCUGCAACACCGCCCGCCGCCGCCUCACCUGCGCCAAGUGCGUCCGGAGCGGAGACUUUGUCUUCUUCGACGGACGCGACUCGGAAAGGUUUUCUGAAAAGAAAGAAAGGCUGAUGCAUCUUAAAACUAAGCAGAGAGAAUUCCAAAAACAUGUUUUGAAGGCCAUGGAAGGGAAGGAGAUAACUGAUCAGCUGAGAUGGAAAAUAAUGUCUUGCAAGAUGAGGAUUGAGCAGCUGAAACAGACCAUUUGCAAGGAGAAUGAUGAAAUGACAAGACAUGCAGAGGGGCUUCUGAGGAUCAAGGAGGAGAACCAGAAGCACUAUCGCAGGGCUCAGAGGCACCAGGAGAAGAAAGAGAAGAUCCAGAGGCACAACCGCAAGCUGGGGGACUUGGUAGAGAAAAAAACCUCUGACUUGAAAACCCAGUAUGAGCAUCUGGCAAACCUUCGUCGCACGCACAUCCUGGAGCUAACAUCUGUCAUAUUUCCCAUCGAGGAGGUGAAGACAAGCAUGAGAGAUCCUGCAGAUGAGUCUUCUGGGAGUGACAAUGCGAUGACCUCUAGCACUGUGAGCAAGCUGGCAGAGGCCAGGAGAACCACCUACCUCUCUGGGAGAUGGGUGUGUGAUGAUCAUAACGGGGACACCAGCAUCAGUAUCACAGGGCCUUGGAUAACCCUGCCUAAUAAUGGAGACUAUUCAGCUUAUUACAACUGGGUGGAAGAGAAGAAGACUACACAAGGACCAGAUAUGGAGCAUAAUAACCCUGCUCACACCAUCAGCGCCGCGCUGUGCUAUGCAACUCAGCUGGUUAACACCCUGUCCCUCAUACUUGAUGUGAAUCUUCCCAAGAAGCUCUGCAACAGCGAGUUCUGUGGAGAGAAUCUCAGCAGACACAGGUUCAUGCGGGCAGUGAAGAAGCUGAAUGCCAAUAUCCUUCACCUUUGCUUCUCUCAGCACGUGAAUUUAGAUCUGUUGCACCCACUGCACACGCUCAGGAACCUUAUGUACCUGGUCAGCCCAGACACUGAGAACUUGGGCAGGUCUGGGCCUUUCGAAAUCAGCGCAGACCUGGAGGACUCGAUGGAGUUCGUGGAUCCCAGCGCCACCGGCGAGACGGACGAGAGCGGCGACGAGCGCGUCAGCGACGAAGAGACAGACCUGGGGACAGACUGGGAGAACCUGCCCAGCCCCAGGUUCUGUGACAUCCCCUCGCAGCAGGUGGAGAUGCUGCAGAGCCAGAGCACCCAGGUGUCCCAGCCCAUCGCCAGCAGCAGCAGCGCGGGGGGAAUGAUCUCGUCGGCGGCCGCUUCCGUCACCUCCUGGCUCAAAGCCUACACUGGGCAUCGCUAACCAGCCGGGCAGGGAGGGCCCUGUGGGGCUGUGGAAGGACUCCCCACCCCAGCCAGGGCUGGAGUAAAACCCGACCUAUUCAGUUGAGUAGUGCCUGGAACAAAGCAAAGGUCAGACUUUCGUUUUUUAAGCCAGAAAAAAAAAAACACACCUUUUUAUUUUACCCAAGAUGACUGGGAUGGUACCUUUUUGUAAACGAGUGAGUUCCCUGCUCCUGGUGGCUUCUGGGAGGGCACUUGGUGUCCUGGCUCUGUCUGCAUGGUUGAGUAUGGAAGGAAAAGGACCUGGCAGCCUCCAGCUCUACUUUCUCCAGAAGAAUUUUGGAAGACUUGGAGCAGGAUGAGUACAAAAGAGACAGGGCUGCUCAGCCUGGACAGUGCUGCAAAGGCAGGUCACAUUUUCUUAACCCCUUGCAGGGUUCUGUGUUUGCGUGUGUGUUUUAAAUCUGUCUUGCAUAAUGCAAAAAAAAAAAAAAAAAAGAAAUAAUAAUAAUAAUAAUAAUGCAUCUUUCUAAAUUUUUUUCAUUCAGGACAUGAAAGUGACACAUUUUUAAACAUCUUUUCUAAUCUCCGUUGCCGUAUUUUUAAUACAAAGGAUCAGCAUGGGCAGGAAUUCACACAGCAAACUGGUCUCAAGUUUUGAGUUGGUUGUGAAUCUUUCCCCAGUUUUGCCUGAGAAAUGUGGCUCAUUUCAUUGCUCUUUCCACCUGGGAGGUAGUGGAGAAGUUCCGUGUUGUGCUGUCCAAAGCACACACAGGCUCUUUACUCUUAGAAUCACACACCAAAGAAACACUGGACCUUCUCUUAGCUAGACCCACGCUCGAGGCCGCCCCAGGAUUGCAUCCUUGCAAUAAUGCUCCUCGGUUACACCACCACGUGGCCACUUGUUCAUGUUAGAAAAAACACCACCUCAUUUCAAGCCAGCUGAACAGUCACACGCUCUCCACACUACAUGUAUUUUAAACCCUGUUCUAUUUUAAGCUUAUGGUGGGUUUUUGGGUUUUUUUUCCCCCUUGUUUACUGAAAGCCAGGGAGUUGUUUCAGUGCAGAGAUGCUGGUGGCCCAGCUGGCUCCUUGUAAAGCUACAGGAGGUGGGAAAGUGACAGGUGGGUUGGUUAAUGGCUUCUCUUCCACCUUGUGGUGUGGUUACUUACAGACAGGCUUGCUCAGUGAGGCUUCCAACCUGUGGUUUCCAUGUUACACACUUGGGGUGUUGGACUUCUCCAUGGGUUAAGGGCUGGAAACGCCUCUGCCCCUCUUCCCUGUGGUGUCACAGCUGGGAAUGGGGCUGCAGGGAGUGAUGCACAAGCCCUGUCCCUGCCACCAGGCAGUGCCACCAGGCAGUGUCCUCCUGCCUGUCUGCAGUCCCAGGGCUGGCCACCUCACCCAGUGUUUUGUGGCUGGUUCCUCUCCAGACCAGCCAGUGGAGCAGGUGGAAAAGCAGCUUUGGUCCUGCUGCCCAUGUACCCAGUGAGUCCCAUACCAGGGGGGCCAGGUGAGUGUUGUGUCCCCCAGCCCCCCACCCCUCUGCCUGGCAGCUCUUUCUCUUUGUCCUGGGGGUGGGCAUCUGGUGUCAGUAGUUUCUUUCUUACCAUUUUUCUUUUUUUUUUUUUUAAUACCAAAGACCCUUAACUCUGCCCUCGCAGCACCCAGGCUGCUGGGUGAGAACACCCUCAGCCCCACCUUUCCUCUGGUCUAAAUCCAACAGUUGGGCUCAUUUUAAGAGAACAGCCACAACUCCCUUGAUUUUACUGCAGCAGGAAAGGGGCCACUGCCCCCCCAGCCCCUCUGGGCUUUGGGCUCUGCUCAGGUCACAGCACUUUACUCCCAGCUUUCAGUCCUUUGCAGCUCUGAGCAACCAGCACCCUCACCAGUUCUGGAGAUUGGGCUCUUGGUGUCGUGCAGCCCCCUCUGGUUCCCUGUUUAUUUUGCACUGGACCCUGCCAUAUAAACACCCUCUCUUCCUUGUUUUGUUAGUUUGUUUUAAUAUGCAUUUCAGUCACUCUUUCCUUGCUGCCUUCAUGCUACUUUGAACCCCUUGAAGGUCAGGCCAUGAUUCAGCUUUCUACACUGUCAUUUACUUAACUUAGGGAAAGAAACACCAACACAACAAACCUUUUUAAGCCAUAUCCUUCCUCAUCAUCCUAUUUUCCAAAUAAUUUAUUUGCAACCAGCUCAUCUCCUGAAGGUGCACAGUGGCACUGCCAGGGUGUUAAAACGCAUCGAGGUAGGUCUUUUCAUGAAACCUUUUUGUAACAGAUUGUGGUUUGUUUUGGGUUGUUUUUUUAGUGUUUUGCACAUGUGUAGCUAGGGAAGAAUUAUGUGUGUGUCCAAACCUUGAGUGCAAUCGCCAGGAUUAGUUUUCCAGGUUGUUUUGGGGGCAGGGGAGGGAGGGCAGGACUAUCUGCUAAUUAUAGAUCUCUGAGGACAGCCAGCUGAGAAUUUACAGAACACUCUGCCCAGCACGAAUGUGGGAACUUUUGUCCAUGACCAGUGAUCUGGGGUGACCAAUCUGAGCUGCCAAGGAAGAACCUGAUUUCAAAAACCCUCCACUGAAAAAUCAGGUGCCUUGGAAAGGUCUCAGGUGGGACACCCAAGGGUCACUUGUCACCUGCAAAAACCCAGGGCCUCUCUUUGCCAACUUCUGAACUAAAUGUAACUAAACACAAAUGGUUUGGGUUUUGUUUUGUUUUUUCUAUAUUUUAUUGUAUUAUUGCAAUAAAUCUUUUAACAGUAA